GGGAGUGACGGGUAUGGAUCUCCUGGAGGUUUUUCUUAGGCGACGUAUCCAGCCUCUUCAGUUCCGGAGCCAUUGCAUGUGGUUGUACCGCGGGACUGAAGAUGAGACUCAGAUCAAUCCAGAAGCAGUCGACGAUGCCACUCUGGAAAGGUGGAUGGCCGCUGUCACUGGGAACAAGGAUAACCCUCGUGGAGCUAGAAGGAUUCCUCCACUCGACCACCGCAGUGUUCCAGACAAGGCCCUCACCGAGCUGUACUCGACGCCCAAUGGAGCACAGGCUCCGAUUGAAGAGGGAGAGGCGAGCGGGGGCGAGAUCCAGGAGGAGUAGGACUCGGAUGCCGCUGACGAUGACGAUGAUGAUGACGACGACGAGGAGGACGAAGAAGAAGAGGAGGAGGAGGUCGCACCACCGCGCUCGGAAAGGCGGUCGAAGCUUGCCCAUGACCCUGUGACUGAACGGGGCAAGGGGGUUGCGACUGUCGCGCAGUCGACC